AUGAUACUAACACUAUGUAUAAACGUGACUUCUCGUAUCAUGGACACCGCUUCCCUUCGCGGGUCUGAGUAUUUUAUACAAGUUGAUUAUGAUGAAAUAACCAACACAUAUGAGAUAUUUUCUAAACAUGUUACAAUCGAGCAACAUUCCACCUCAGCCAAAGUAACUUUUGAAGGGCACAAAGUAUUUAAAGUUGUCCCAAAUACAGAAAAUAAUGUGAAAAUUGUGAUGGACCUGCAAAAACAACGUAUUGGAGAAUUUUGGUCGGACCAGUUUGAUGUUCAUAAUGCUGCCAAAAUAACGGUAGCACCAGAAAAUAUAAAUAAAUUUGUCGAUGUUAUGAAUAGACAUGGUAUUGAAUUUGAAGAGAUAAUUGCAGACUUACAAAAGGUCAUUGACAGUCAGCUGAAACCAGUAAUCACCGUUGAGAGAAGUACAGAUUUUCUUUCAUUUAGUUGGAACCGGUACCAUACACUAGAAGAAAUUAACAAUUGGCUUGAUGAACUUCAAAAUAAUUACCCUGAUAUAGUAACCACUGUCGUUAUGGGGAGGUCUGUUGAAAAUAGAGAUAUUAAGGGCGUUAUAAUAAAUUACCACCAAGAGAGAAAUAAUACCCUGAUAGGUAUGAUCGAAGGCACGAUUCACGCAAGGGAGUGGAUAGUACCUGCGACCACAACUUGGAUAAUCAAGGAAUUUUUGACGAGUACUGAUCCCGAAGUUCGCGCUUUAGCAGAGAAUAUUGAAUGGCAUAUAUUUCCAGUAGUUAAUCCAGAUGGAUAUGUCUACACAUUUACAACUCAUCGAAUGUGGAGAAAAAAUCGAAGCACGAGAAACUUUACAUCUUGCUCGGCUACAGGUGUGGACGACGACAUGAGUAAUGGAGUUGAUCUUAACAGAAACUUCGAUUUUGCGUGGAUGUCAAUCGGCGCAACAGAUAAUCCCUGCAGCAAUACCUUUGCUGGCCCCUCAGCAUUUUCUGAACCAGAAUCUAAGGCUGUGGCUGAUUAUGCAUCAAAACUGAAGAAUCAAGGAACUUUCGUAUAUUAUUUUGCUCUUCAUUCGUACUCUCAACUAAUUAUUGUACCGUAUAGCCAUUUAACUGCUGCCGAAUCUGCGAGUAUAACGAACUAUGCUGAUAUGUACGACAUUGCACGAGGAGGUGCUGAUAAACUAGAGGAACGAUUUGGAACCGUAUACAGGACUGGUGUUUCUGCUGAUAUAUUGUAUCCCAUGAGUGGUACAAGUUUUGACUGGGUGAAGAAUGAAACAGAUGUCUCAGUAUCGUUCUUAAUAGAGUUGAGAGACCUCGGCGAAUACGGUUUCCUUCUGCCACCAGAGCAGAUUAUUCCUAAUAACUUGGAGAUCAUGGACGCCUUACUAGAGAUGGAUAGGACGACAAGACUUUUGGAUGUUCAAGUACAGAUUUUAUAUGAUUUAAGAAAACAAGAUUAUUAUUAUUGGACUGAUGUCUUUACGGUUAAUAGUAAUGUUAGGAUUAUGGUAUCGCCGUUGAAGGAUGAAGAAUUCGUCCAAUACUGCAGAAAUUUUGGACUAAAUCCGGUCAUCAGUAUAAAUAAUGUGCAAAAAUUAAUCGACGAUCAGUUAAGACCUUCUCUUAUGAAUGCAGAACGUAGCACUACUCUCGGGUCAUUUAGUUGGACUAGAUACCAUUCCCUAUCAGAAAUUCACACUUGGCUUGAUGAACUAGCAGAAAUGUAUCCUAAUAUUGUAACAACAGUCAAUAUUGGAGAAUCAAAUGAAGGACGUCUUAUUAAAGGAGUUGUAAUAGACUUUAAAGCAGGAGACAGAGGUGACUCACCACUUGUUGCAAUGAUAGAAGGCGGUAUACAUUCUCGAGAGUGGAUUUCUCCCGCAACAGUUUCUUGGAUUAUAAAAGAAUUCUUGACUAGUGACAACAAUGAAGUACAAAAUUUGGCAAGAGCUUUUGUUUGGCAUAUAUUUCCCGUUGUAAAUCCUGACGGUUACAACUACACUUUUACAAAUGAUCGAAUGUGGAGGAAAAACCGAAAUGUAGCUAAUUUUGUGAACUGUUCAUCCACUUCAGAUGACUUAAGCAACGGCAUUGAUUUAAACCGAAAUUUUGAUUUCCUUUGGAUGACGGUUGGUGCCUCCUCAGAUCCAUGUACGCAAACAUAUGCUGGACCGACCCCAGCAUCAGAACCUGAAACACAGGCAAUUGCAAACUAUGUGUUAAAUCUUAAACAGACAGGCAAUUUGCUUUACUAUUUUGCGUUCCAUUCCUAUUCUCAGAUGAUUCUUAUUCCAUACAGUCAUUUGUCUGGGUCCGAUGUGAUUCAAUUGGAAAACUACGCAGAUUUGUAUGAGAUUGCAAUCCGCGGCGCCGAUAAAUUGACGCAAAGACACGGAACAUCCUACCGCGUAGGAACUUCAGCGGACAUUUUGUACGAAGUAAGUGGCUCAAGUUUUGAUUGGGUCAAAGGUGUUGCAAAUGUACCCGUAGUCUAUUUGUUUGAACUUCGCGAUGUUGGUGAAUACGGAUUUCUUCUACCUACUGAACAAAUCAUCCCUAACAAUGAGGAAAUUAUGGACUGCUUACUAGAAAUGGAUAGGACGACGAGGCAACUGGGGUAUUAUUCCGGGGCAGUUUCUAUUACCGUUUCUUUAACAUGUUUAUUAAUCAGCUUAGCAUUUAUUUUUAUGAAAUAA